AUGGCCGCUUCAGAGGAGGUAUACGCGAAGGAGCUCUUCAAAUGUGGCAAGGGUUACCCACUAUGGCAGCCCGAGGCGACGGAAGACGACAUAGAGAUAGAGCUGGGGGACGUCGGUUACUUGGACAAGGGUGGAUUCUGCCGUCUGUUCAACGCGCUCCGUGACAAGGAAGAUCCUCUGAACAACAAGCCUCAGCAUGUCCCCGACGGAUUCGAGAGGUUCACGAUCGACAUGCAGCCCAAGCGGACACCCAAUGCUAUCGGGGCAGGUCCCCUGCUCAGCAGGACCGUCAAGAGAGUUGGAGGGAAAGCGGAAGCCGUCGUACAUGGCGCGAAGGCGGGCUUCGAGUUCGAAUGUGUGGAGAACCAAGGUGCUUGCGUCGUCGUAGGCUCGUCUGCUGCGCGCGCGGAGCUCCACCAAGCGCGCCGGAUGAAGGCGUAUAUGAAGAAGAACAUCGACAGCUGGGUGUACUACGCCACAGAGGUCCUCGGUAUGGAUAAGCGGCUCGACGAGGUUCUGUUCGUCAGAGGAUGGGUCAAGACGACGCAUUGGGCUGUAGCCGCGUUCGUCGAGCGAGCGAAGAACGCGAAAGUGAGUGUCAGCGGAGGGCUCGGCGCCAUCGCGGAAGUCGGCGUCGGCCUCGUGGUAGAAACGUCGUCGAGCUCUGUGGACCACCACACAGGUCCGGGGGCACCACGGUCCAGGUCCCGCAGGCCAGCCCCAAGCGCAAUAAGAAGGGGAAGAAUCGUGAGGUGGCUGAGGUCGGGCCCAAAGUCGAGAUGAAGCAGACCAAUGUAUCUUCUUGCAUUACUUCAAGAUGAAGAGGAGACUGGUUCUGCCGCAAAGAUUGAAGCUGCGGCGGAACCGCAAGAUGUGUCCUCUAUCAAUGAUGACGAGGAUGAUCAAUUCGAGGAAGCUCCGUUGAAGAAAACGUGCUACGAUCCAGUUGACCAUGUACUCGACUAUAUAUUACAGAACUCAGACGCAACCGAAGCUAUCGCGGCGACGGCGAUAUCCUAGAACUCUGCAAGAACAAUGAGCCGAGUG